GCCUCCGCCUCGGUGUUUGCUCACUCAGGUGAGCUCAGCGUGUGUUGUCGGAGGAUCAUUGCGGAGCUGCAGGGAGAGCAGAGGGGAGACGGUCAUGUCAGACAGCGGGAACGCACAAUCGCAGGACGGAGGAUCGAGCCGGGUGACAUGCCCGAGUGUGGGCAACAAAGUGACCGUGGUGCUCGGAGCACAGUGGGGCGAUGAAGGGAAAGGAAAGGUGGUGGACCUGCUGGCCCAGGACGCUGACAUGGUCUGCAGAUGUCAGGGAGGCAACAAUGCAGGACACACAGUCGUGGUUGAUUCAGUGGAAUAUGACUUCCAUCUUCUACCCAGUGGAAUUAUUAACCCUAAGGUCACUGCCUUCAUUGGUAAUGGUGUAGUCAUUCAUUUGCCGGGUCUCUUCGAGGAGGCUGAGAAGAAUGUGCGGAAAGGAAAAGGUGUGGAAGGCUGGGAGAACAGGCUUGUCAUCUCUGACCGUGCACACAUCGUGUUUGAUUUCCAUCAAGCUGUGGAUGGAGUCCAGGAACAGGAGAGGCAACAGCAAGCUGGCAAAAAUUUAGGAACAACUAAAAAAGGAAUCGGGCCUGUGUACUCUGCCAAAGCAGCCCGCAGUGGCCUGAGGAUAUGUGACCUUCUGGCUGACUUCCAGGAGUUCUCAGAGAGAUUUAAACAUUUGGCCUCGCAGUAUAAGUCUAUGUACCCAUCACUGGAGAUUGAUGUGGAUGGGGAACUUGAGAAACUCAAGACGUAUGUAGACAGGAUAAAGCCCAUGGUGAGAGAUGGAGUCUUCUUCAUGUAUGAGGCGCUACAUGGGCCUGCAAAAAAGAUUCUGGUGGAAGGUGCCAAUGCCGCCUUGCUGGACAUAGACUUUGGGACAUAUCCGUUCGUGACUUCCUCAAACUGCACCGUGGGAGGGGUGUGUACUGGUCUGGGCAUGCCACCCCAGAACGUAGGUGAAGUGUAUGGAGUUGUCAAAGCUUACACUACGAGAGUUGGGAUUGGAGCUUUCCCUACAGAACAGAACAACGAAAUUGGAGAGCUCUUGCAGACGAGAGGCAAGGAAGUGGGCGUGACCACAGGUCGCAAAAGAAGAUGUGGUUGGCUGGAUCUGGUGCUCAUCAAAUACGCCCACAUGAUUAAUGGCUUCACAGCCUUAGCUCUCACCAAACUUGACAUCUUAGAUGUGCUUCCUGAGAUCAAAGUUGGUGUGGCAUACAAAGUAGAUGGUGAAAUCAUCCCGCAUUUUCCAGCAAACCAAGAGGUGCUACAGAAGGUGGAAGUGCAAUACGAGACUCUGCCAGGCUGGAAAACUGACACGUCUGCUGCCAGGACCUUUGAAGAGCUACCAGAAAAUGCACAGAAAUACGUCUGCUACAUUGAAGAUCACUUGGGCGUGCCUGUAAAGUGGAUUGGUGUUGGGAAGUCGCGGGAAUCAAUGAUCCAGCUCUUUUAAGAGGCUGCUCGGCCUGCAUGUAGCACUGGCUGGAUUACACUCUGGACUCGGGGCUGGAAAGAUGCCUCAUAUGUUUCUUUUCCCACCUCACUUCAUUUUCUCAAUGGCAAGAACAUUAUUUCGUGCCACUCGGAUCAUCCUGCAGCCCUCUGAAAUAGAGUAUUUGCCAUAAAUAAUGGCAUUCCUGUGGUAAAUCAAAAAGGGCUUUUCAACUAGUUAUUUUUUUGUAAUCAUUUAACUGUUUCUAAUCUGCUUUACAUCAUUCUCUGGUAUUUUGAGCUCUCCUAAGCUCAAUAUCUCCAUCUUGAGUCCAUAUGCUGUACAUGUGCUACUACUUCAAACAGGCAUCAGUAGUGAUGUAUAUUGUUGUUAGAUAUCAAUUUUUCACAUAGAUUGGGUAAAACGAUUACUUCUACACGUUAUAUUUAAUGUUCUUUGUUGGUUUUAUCAUACAGGAAUCAAUGGUUAUGCAAUGUGUUCACUCCUUGUUUUAAAGACUUACUCAAGUCAACUUCAUUUAAACAUACUGUUUUUAAAAGACAAUUUGAAUGUUUCUUUACCAGAUGCAUAAAAACCCAUGAGAUUCAAUAUUAAGCGAUUCUGGAUAUAAAUUCUGUACAAUACAGCUUCAAAAUGUAAUACGAUUACAGUGGGCGUUUUCUGUUUUUCCGAAAAUAGAAGUAAAACAGUUUAUUGAAGCAUCUUUAAAUUUGAAUCUAUUUAAUUUGCUCUAAAAAAAGAAAAGAAAAAAAAGUAUAUAAUCCAAAUGUGCCUCAAGAAGCAUAUAUUAUUAUACAGGCCAGGGUUAUGAUUCCAUUGAAUGUAUGUAAACGUUUGCACAGUCCUCAGAUGUUUAUUGUUCAACUGUACAACUUUAUGCCACAAGCAUAUUAAAUCCACUGUAAUGAGAUAUCAAUGAACUUGCCUUUCAAUAUAGAUUGUCAAAGUAUAGAUCCUUAAGACGUUUGUGUGAAUUCAGACACGCAUCAGGAUGUACUGUACGGCUCGGUUUAGCCAGUAAAACACACUUCUGUGGUUGCUAGCAGCUGGAGGAGGCCGUCUGCUUUUCUGACCUCCAGUAGUACAGAGCUUUAAACAGAGCUUGUCUAUUUAAAUAUGACUGGGUUGUUUCAGAAACCCAGAGUUGCUGCUUCUGUUUCGUCUCAGCCUCAGUACUGCACCUUCCAGUAAAUAAGUGAUAUAGGAUAAAGUGUGCCUUGUUUAUAUAGAUGAACAAUGAAACUUGAAAACCAGUCCUUCAUCUGAUUGAACUUUUAUGGAUUUUUAAUUGAGAAACCUCCUUUAGCUUUUUCGAGGGCAUUAGUGUCAUUGCCAUUUGCCAAGUGUACAUGCAUCCAAAGAAGUAUCUUAAUGGAUAAAUGAGUGAUGUGACAUAAAGAGCCUUUGUAAACGAUCCAGGAUGAUAACUCUUUUUCGGAUCGAUGAUGGUGGGAUGUUUUGCAUCUUCUGUUGCUCACAGCUGCAGAAUAAACGGUGUAACCUGUUAACUUGUUUAGUAGCAUCUAUUACAUGUCAUUUAACUUGUAUUAUCACAAAAUAUCCUCUGAAAAAAUUCAAAUUGCAAGGAUAUAGGACAGUUGAAACAUUCAAAAAACAGUAUGUUUGCACAAACGCAACUUUUUAGGUUUCUGAAAUCCUUUGCUGUUUCUGUGUUGUAUUGCUGCUGAUUGGGGUUUCAUGUAUGUAUAUACAGAACACAAAGCCAUAUUCUCUUGAAUUUUCUGUUGCUGGACACUUUGCUGGUGUGCAUGAUCAUCUAGAGGCAUUUGCACCAAAACUCACUCACUCUGUUUAUCUUGGAUAAAUGGCAGACAACUGUCAUGACACUCCAGUCAAUAAAGUAAUAUAGUGAGAAAAA